CAACCCUACAUUUAGAAUGAGCAUGUUAUAGUCUGAAUUAAUCAAGAUUUUUAGCAAAAAUAACCACCUCCUCCCAAAUAGCCAGAAAAACCUUAUCAUGCCAUUUUUGCCAUCUACUAUAGAAACCUUUUUUCUCUCAAAAUCUCAAUCAUCUUGACCUCUCAAGUGGUCUUGAUUUCAUUUCUCUCCGGAGCGGAGCCAGCCUUCGGUUACCGAAGAGGAGAUAUGGGAGAGUUGCCAAUGGGAAAUGGCCGUGAGAUUUUUCACUUUGCCAAUCAUGUGGUUAAAGGUAGGUGGUUUUCUCUAUUUGCAUCUUUUCUUAUUAUGGCUGGAGCAGGAGCUACUUAUCUAUUUGGAACUUAUUCAAAAGAAAUAAAAGCCUCUUUAGGAUAUGAUCAAACUACACUUAAUUUACUAGGAUUUUUCAAAGAUCUUGGUGCUAAUGUUGGAGUAUUUUCUGGUCUAAUUGCUGAAGUAACUCCAACAUGGUUUGUGUUAUUAGUUGGUGCAGCAAUGAAUUUCACAGGCUAUUUCAUGAUAUGGCUUUCUGUUGUUGGAAAAAUACCAAAACCAAAAGUUUGGCAUAUGUGUAUAUACAUAUGUCUUGGAGCUAAUUCGCAAAAUUUUGCGAAUACUGGAGCUCUUGUUACUUCUGUUAGGAAUUUCCCCGAGAGCAGAGGAAAUAUGAUUGGUUUAUUGAAAGGAUUUACUGGAUUAAGUGGUGCUAUUAUGACUCAAUUAUACUUAGCUGUAUAUGGAAAUGAUUCUAAAUCACUUAUUUUACUCAUUGCUUGGCUUCCAGCUGCAGUAUCAGUAAUAUUUGUGUAUACUAUUCGCGAAAUGAGAGUCGUUAAGCAGCCGAAUCAGCUGAGAGUUUUCUACUAUUGUUUGACUAUAGCAAUUGUAUUAGCAUUGUUUCUUAUGGUCAUGACAUUGGUUGAGAAAGCAGUUGCAUUUUCUCAUGCUGCUUAUGUUGUAACUGCUACUGUGGCUUGUGCUUUGCUAUUUCUUCCCCUUUUGGUUUUCGUUAGAGAAGAAUUGGAUGUCUUUCGUCGAAAGAAUAUGCCUAUUAGUCCUCCACAAAUUGACACUGAGCAUCGACCAGUAGUACUAGAGAAAGAAGACAAUUCUACAACCUUAGAAAUCAAGAAAGGCGAUACUAAUUCUAAGUGCUUUUGGUUCACUGAUAUUUUCUUCAAUAAACCAGAAAGAGGUGAAGAUUAUAGCAUAUUACAAGCACUUUUAAGUACUGAUAUGUUGAUUCUGUUUCUUGCUACGUUCUGUGGACUUGGAACGAGCCUUACUGCUGUCGAUAACUUGGGUCAAAUUGGUGAGUCUUUAGGAUAUCCAACAACAACCAUUAAAUCCUUUGUGUCACUUCUUAGCAUAUGGAAUUUUUUUGGGAGAAUUUUCUCAGGAUUUGUUUCUGAGACUCUUCUUGUUAAGUACAAAUUCCCUAGACCACUUAUGAUGACAUUAGUCCUCUUGUUAUCCUGCAUUGGCCUUCUCCUUAUCGCGUUCCCCUUCCCCGGAUCAGUCUACGUUGCAUCUGUGAUCAUCGGCUUCUCAUUUGGUGCACAGUUGCCAUUACUCUUCUCAAUUAUUUCUGAGCUUUUUGGAUUGAAGUAUUACUCCACAUUGUUCAAUUGUGGACAAUUGGCUAGCCCUCUUGGCUCAUAUAUACUUAAUGUGAAAGUCACUGGACCACUUUAUGAUAGACAGGCGUUGAAGGAGCUCGCGAAAAAGGGAUUGACUAGAUCAUCUGUUAAAGAGUUGACUUGUAUUGGUAACCAAUGUUAUCGACAGGCUUUUAUAAUCUUGGCUAGUGUCGCAUUUUUUGGCGCUCUAGCCUCGUUGAUUUUGGUUGCAAGAACUAGGAAUUUUUACAAAGGUGAUAUAUACAAGAAGUUCAGAGAGCAAGCAGAGGCAACUGAGGCAGAAAUGGCUUCAACAAACAACAAUAGGAUACACUAAGAACAUUACAGAAUUUAAGUUGUGUUUAAUUUGAAGAAACAAACUUUAGGAUGCACCAGAUUAGGGCCAAAACACAAUAGAAUUGUGGCCUAUUUUAAUUUUUUUUUUCUAGAUAAUUCCUGUAUCCACUAUGUAUCAAUUAGUCUUUUGAAAGGAAAAUAGUCUUUUGUUUAUCUAUUUGUGUAUGGAGAAAAUAAACAUUAAAAAAU